AUGGACUAUUACCAAUGCCCAACAGAAGACCUUCUCAUAGAAGCACAGCGCCGCGGUUUCCCAAGACUUUGGAGCUCUCGGGACCAGCUCAUCGAGGUCUUCAUACAAGAUGACGAGGCAAAAGGAUCGGAUGCGACGACCAUUUCUACCACGGACUACGGCGCUUUCAUACCGCGGACUGUCAGUCUGGAACACACAGCGGCAUUGGACAAACCCGAUUUAGCUAGUCAAUUGAUCAACGAGAGCGCGUCUACCAAAUGCAGAACCCAGCUAUGGCGACCAGGCAUUGUCGUCCAGCCCAAGAUUACAAAAGAGCUGCACACAGUCGUUGGGCUCAGGCUGAGGGGAAUGGACAAAACAGCGUACAUAUGGGCGAAGACUGCGGUGCCUACCGGAGGAAGGGUGUGGGGAAACGUGAGGUCAUCUGGCCUGCGAGACGAUGUGCCUGUCCCCAUACUUCCUUCUGUAGAGGAGGAGCCCGGCGCUCAAACAGUCGUGGUUAUUAAGGACAGCCUGAUCGAGCGCAAUCGCAUGGGCAAUAGGGAGAUGGGGACCUUCGAGGCCAUUACACCAGAAGAUUCUUCUGUGCAAAACAGCAGGACCGAAGCGGAUGUAAGGAUCUUGAAGUGGGGUACUGAGUCGAUCCCAGGCGCGGGCGCAGCUAUAAAGACACUAAUUCCCACGUCAGUGCUGUUCAGCACCGCGCAUCGCAUCUACAACAGUCAGUACAUCUUGCAAAUUCCUGUUGGUUUUUACUCACAGCGUACAGAACUCUCCGAUACCAUCCACCUAUACAUCAUCAUGUCUGGCGCCACCGCUAUCGUCCUCUACCCUCGCAAGGAGGGCUCCACCUUUGACAAGGAGUACUACCUCAAGACACACAUGCCGCUCGCCAUGAAGAACUGGAAAAACCACGGUCUCAAGUCCUACGCCGUCAGUGAGCUCAACGCCGAUGGUCCAUACGCCAUCAGCACCGUCAUGGAGUUUGACAGCCCUGAGAGUGUCGGAAAGGCCUUGCAGAGUGAGGGCACCAAGGAGGUCAUGGAGGACGUAAAGAACUUCAGCAGCGAGACACCGAUCCUCGUUCACGGCAAUGUCGUCGGACGGAGUUAG